AUGGAGAAAUCACGGCUACCCCCUCGCCCUCGAUAUACGCGAUGGGGCUUACCGCUAGCAGCCGUGUUGACCUUCCUAUUGUGGCCAGUCCCUUGGCCUUCACCGUCACGGACCUGGAUCUCGCCGGAUGUCCCCGUCCCGCUUACCUGGGACGAGAUCAUGCCUGCGCAGUCGCUGGAAUAUCACAACUGUGGGGGUGAUUUCCAGUGUGCGAGGCUGGAAGUACCUAUGGAUUAUAAUCGGACUGAUGGGAAAGGGCGGACUUUCGCUUUGGCUGUGGUUCGAUUACCGGCCAAGGUGCCUGUCACUGAUCCCCAGUAUGGAGGCGCGAUCUUGAUUAAUCCCGGUGGUCCUGGUGGCUCUGGGACAAUGCAGGCAUUCGUGUCAGGUCCCGAUCUCCAGCUGAUUGUCGAUGCAGAAGGUGAUCCCGGUGAAGCCAGAGAUAAUACAACCGAUAAGUAUUUCGAUAUCGUCGGUUUUGACCCUCGGGGAGCGGGAUCCACCACACCCCCAGUGAUGUGUUUCCCCGAUCCGGUAUCGCAGCGGAAUUGGGAACUGCAAAUUGCUACCGAAGGCAUGCUCGGUAGUGGUUGGGAUGCACUACAGAGAAACUGGCAGCGAACUGAGGCGCUGAACUCGGGUUGCUCGGUGUAUGAUAUGUCCAGCUUGGGGACAGACGAACCAAUGAUGUCAUAUGUCAACACGCGACUGGUCGCGGAGGAUAUGCUGACUAUCAUGGAGAGACAUGGCGAGUGGCGCGAGAAACAAGGCCAAGAAGCUUCAAAAGCCUUCAGGUGCCACACGUCGGACGAAGCCCUGGCGGUUUUGGAACGUACUCGACGGCGCCGUGGUGAAGAGCCACUGCUUUACUGGGGCAGGUCAUAUGGCACCCUCCUCGGUAGCACAUUUGCCUCUUUAUUCCCCGAUCGAGUCAACCGAGCCGUUCUCGACGGCGUAGUUGACAUGUUCAAGUACUACCAGGGCGCAGGGAAAAAUGCCAUCACUGACGCAGAUGCGAUCUUCGAGCGCUUUGGCCAAUACUGCAACGAAGCCGGUCUGGCUGGCUGUCCCUUCUACAUUGAUGGUGGUGCAGACGCCAUUAAAGAAGCAUUCUUGCAGCUUGAAAAACAGAUUCUUAAUGCGUCAAUACCUGUGAUGGCCUCUGCGACACGGGGCCCCGAGGUCGUUACCUGGACGGACAUCAAAGCGAUGCAGCGAGUCGCCGUGUACCAGCCACUGCUUGCAUUCCCACUUCUAGCAAGGAGGAUGAGGGAACUAUCCAAAGGCAACGCGGUUCCAGCAGCUGAUUUCAAACAUGAAAAUCACUUUGGCGCGUGUCCUUCUAAUGCCUGUAGUCGUGCUGGGCCUUGGUCUGCCGAGUGCGCUCGUGCGCAAGAUAAUGGACUAUAUGCCAUGUCUGCUAUCCUGUGCUCGGAUGCGGAGUUUUUGACUACGAUGGGCAUGGAAGAGUUCACGGGUAUGUGGAAUGAGCUUGCUGCUGAUAGUUCCUCUCUUGGGGAUUACUGGGCGCAGAUGCAGUUGAGCUGUGUUGGUUGGAAGGCUAAGCCUAAGUAUCCAUUCGAAGGGCCUUGGGGUGCGAAUACAGCUCAUCCCUUGCUCUUUGUGUCGAAUACUCUGGAUCCAGUGACACCGCUACACAGCGCCCAACACAUGAAUCGGAUGUUCCCGGGAUCUGGGUUAAUCCAACAGGAGUCAGAAGGACACACCACAAUCGCAGCUCCGUCAAUCUGCAUUGCCAAAGCCAUUCGCAACUACUUUCAAACUGGCGCCUUACCCGCGGCCGGAACCCUGUGUCAAGCAGAUUUAAAACCAUUGGUUGGUUCUCCGAAUCAAGUCGCCACUCUCAGCGAACGUCUUAGCCCAGCGGACCGCAAGCUGUUCAAGGCUUUGAUGGCGGAGGUUGAGCGAGGACCCAUGUUCCCGGUAUAG